AUGGAGGUGGAUUCGAGCGUGCCAAACGGCACCGGCGAGUCACGCCGCAAAUCUGGGAGAGUGGUGCACAAGCCAAAUCUGUUCUCUACUGAACGUCACGAGGGUAGUAUCCUUGCGAAUGGAUCAACAAAGCGGAAACGAAUUUCAAGAAGUGACGCCCAUGAGGACCAAGAAGAGGAUAACCAAGACGAUCAAGAUGAUUCCGAAUCCGAAGACGAAGACGAAGACGGUGAAUCCGAACCCGGUGAGGAGGAAUUGAAAGCAAAUCGCAGAGCACAAAGAGCAAAGCGCGCGACUGGGAAGCCUGCCGCUAAAAGAACCAAAACAACCAACGGUUCGAGCACAACACUAGCUAUUCGAUCAGCCACUGCGGAAGGUGGUGCUGGAGGGAAAGGAUCCAAGACACAAAAGGCUCGCGCUCGGCCUAGCCAGGCGCAUCAGUCAGGACUCUAUGCAGAAGUAUUUGGAAAAGGGCGAGCCCCCGAUGAUGCGGCUUCCAUAUGGUUUCAAUCAGUGCAGACCGAUAAUGUCGGUGCAAUUCGAGAUCUUGUCAACUUUGUCCUUCAAUGCAUUGGAUGUGAAUCUAGGAUCGAGAACCAGGAUAUCGAAGAUCUGGAUUCUGUACCCAGCAAGCUUGGAGACCUACUACAAGAAUAUGAGCAACAAAAGCCACCUGAUUAUCCUCUAGUCUCCAAGCAGAAACAGUACGUUGGGUUUCAAGCUGUGUUGGAAGAAUUCUUUAGCGCCAUCAUCAAGACGUUACACAAUUCCUCUUUUUUCUACAAACAUCCCGAAAUCUAUGACAACAUCCACGUCUGGAUAGCAACAAUGUCGGGAGCGAACUAUAAAUCUUUCAGACACACUGCGACGAUCGUCUCACUCGCAAUGAGCACCGCUCUUUGCGAGGUUGCGAAAGAGAUUCAGGGCACAAUGGUCACUUACAAGGCCCAACUCGAUGCUGAGAACAAGAAAAGGAGCGUUAACAAAGGACGAGUCAAGACUAUUGGAGAGAGUCAAAAGGCCGCCGAGGAAAUGCUCGAAGCUGUGGAUAAUCAACUGAGAGAUGCUUUCGAUACCGUAUUUGUCCAUCGGUAUCGAGAUGUAGAGGAAAGAAUCAGAGCCCCGUGUGUUGCCGCACUAGGGAAUUGGAUCUCGAUAUACCGCAAAAUGUUCUUGGAAGGUCAAUACCUUCGGUACCUUGGGUGGGUGCUCAAUGAUACCGCGGCCACGACACGGCUCGAAGACAUUAAGCAGUUGAAGAAUCUUUUUAAGAAUAAGAAGAAUAUUGCUGCGUUGAGAGCCUUCACCGACCGAUUUCGACCUAGACUCGUCGAGAUGGGUGCCAGCGAUGCUGAUGUGAGUGUCAGAGUUGAGGCAAUUGAACUCCUUGAUCGACUUCGAGAUGCUGAGUUGCUCGAGCCGGACGAGGUCGAGACUAUCGGCAGGUUAAUCCUUGACAACGAGCCACGUGUCCGGAAAGCAGUUGGUCGAUUCUUUGUCUCAAAUAUUGAAGAUUUCUAUAUCUCAACAGUUGACGACUUUGAUGAAGCUCAAUAUCAUGCAGCACUGUCCGAUGUUGACGACGUUGAGGACUUUACGAUCCCAACUCGACAAUGGAUCAAGUUCAAAUGCAUGGGAAGCAUCCUGGCGGCAUUCGACAGCGAUGAAGAAUCACUCGACGGGAGCAAUGCCCAAUCACUACCGAUCAAUUUAUCUGACUCAAGAUAUGUACUUGCCGCACAAGCCAUCUUCCCUCACAUGUCAGAAUUGCACAAUUGGGAGGGACUCGCGGGAUAUCUACUAUAUGACCACUCUACAAUUGCAGCACAUGGGGACGACGACGACAUCAAUUACCAAGUUCAACAAGCCUACAAACUUAAUGCUGGCGAGGAUAUCAUCCUACUUGACAUUUUGUAUGCCUCGGUGAAGUUGUAUCUCUCCUCGAUCCUCGAAUCGGCUUCAGGUCGCAAGACAAAUGCAACCAAAGACCAAAUCCGCGAGAAACAAGAGUCAGCAGCACAGAACCUUACCGUUAUACUUCCACAGCUUUUGAGCAAGUUUGGUAGUACUCCUCAAGCGGCCUCUUCCAUUCUCCGCAUCGAGCAGUUGCUCGACAUUGACUUGAUCAAUGAUCUUCAGAACGGAGAGGCUACCUAUGCUGCCAUCCUUGAUGACAUUAGCAAACAGUUCACGUCGCACUCUGAUAAAAAGGUCCUUGCGGCAGCCAGCGCUGCUUUCCGCAAUGCCCGAAAUUUCGAACAGAGCAAGGAGGCCGCGAACGCAAAAGUUCAAGAAAUCUGGAAUGAUUCGAUUGCAACCUUGACCAGAUUAUUGGCAGGGAAAGAUAUUGGAUCACGCGGGACCCUCGAAUUGCCCUUGCUUGGUGAACUGGUGAAUACUGCCUUGCGUAUGGCUGAGCUUGCAGGAGUUUAUGAUUGCACGCAAGUCAUUGAGGGCAGGAUAGACUCCAACGGAUCGAAGAAACAAAAAGGUCGAUCAGCCAACCCACAGAUCCUCCUCGACCUUCUCUUGCAACUUCUCAAGCGUGGCGAGCCGGAAGAAGACACGACAGAUGCAUUCAACGAGUUGGAGGACCAACUCUGUACCGCCCUUCUAGAGCUCUUCUCACGAUAUUUCCGGUGGAAGGUGUUCGGUCUCAAGAAAGCCAUUGAAACGAAUGACACCUCUUCCCUCACGGCUGCCAUGCUUACGAACCUCGCAAUGACCCGCACCACAUUUUCCUCGACACUAAGUCCGAUAAUUGAACUGAGAACUGCACUCGAUCCAGUCCGUUACAAUGCGCUCAUUAAUGUACUCGAACUCUUUGCCCUUUUCACCACAAUCAGGAAUUUCCAACCUGAGAAAGGUCACUUGGACGAAGAUGUAGAGCAGAACCUAAAGAGUCUUGUGACCGUCGUCCCGGAAGAUCUGAUCAGGGACGUAAUGAUAACUCACGAAAAAUUGGAGAAAUCAUUUGCAAAGAAGACACGUCGGAAAAUUGAGCUUGCGGAUAAGAAAGGGAAAAGCAAAGACCUAGGUCAUGUGGAAGAUGAAGAGGAUAUCGAGAAACCACCCGAGGACUCGGAGGAUGAAGCCGCUGGCUCUGAUACUGGAGAUGAUGACUCCGAAGAUGAUGAAGGAGGCGUGGUAGAAGGCAAAAGCGCGAAGAAGCAAGCAGCGCUCCUCGCGGAGCAAAACCUUUGUGAGCUCACCAGUAAGAUCAUCUUCACUCUGGUCGGUGGUGCCAUCAAGGACAAUAGAGUCAAGAAGAGACUUCAGUUAAACCGCACCAAGCUCGGAAAGAAUUACACCGCAUUGCUGGCAUAUCUCGACGAGAAGAAAGACAAGAAGAAGACCAGCGGAAUCGCCAGAGGAGCGGACAAGAAGAGCGAAGCAGGUGCAGCAAACAAGUCCAAAAACACUGAUGCCGCACAAGCUGCGGAGAAGAAAAAGACACUCUCAGAAGCGAGAGUGCUGGAGGAAGACGACAUCGAGGACGAUGAUGAUGAGGAAGCACAACACCAGCGUGAUCUCGAGGAGGAUGAGAUCGAUGACGAUGAUAACGACGGUGCUGGCGGUGCCAAUGCUGACGCUAAUGCUGAGCAGCAAGAAGAUGAUGAAAUCAUGGGCGACUGA